CGCACGGUCCUCCGCGCCGGGAAAAACUAUCGCUUGGAUCCGAUACCAUCUGUAAUCGGCAUAAUUCGAUAUACUCGCGGCUCAUCCAAUUAUGCGGCUGUGAGCCUCCGCGGGCUCGACAGAAGACGAAGGCGCCGCGCGCGGCGCGCCGCUCCGCGGUCCGAAGCUUUUAAAAAUAACGUUAGUUUUUUGGAGCACAUGUCAAAGCUGUUGAGAUAGCCCAGCGAUGGAGUACGGGUACCUGAGCGGCGCGGGCGGCGGGUUCGAGAGCGGCUGCCUGUCGGGCGGCGAGCUGUCCUGGGGCGAGCUGGCCUCGUGCGGGCAGAUGUCGCAGGCCGCCUACCGGUACCAGGGCGUGCGCUACCAGCCGCCGCCGCCGCAGUGCGCGCGCCCGCAAGACGCUGCUAUGAGAAACCACCAUAUCUUUCCGCCCUCCAUGAAUUUACAGCCCGGCCUCCCCUACAAAGUGUACGGCAGUCACGAAGGCUCGCUGACGGAGAAGCGGAAGCAGCGUCGGAUCCGGACCACCUUCACCUCGGCCCAGCUCAAGGAGCUGGAGCGCGCCUUCCAGGAGACCCACUACCCCGACAUCUACACGCGAGAGGAGAUCGCCAUGAAAAUCGACCUCACUGAGGCGAGGGUCCAGGUAUGGUUCCAAAACCGGCGUGCGAAGUUUCGCAAGCAAGAACGGCUGGCGCAGCAGAAAGCGGGGGAUGUCCCGGUGAAGGCGGAAGGCAAGCGGGACAAGCCCGCGUCCCCCGCCACCUCCCCGCACCCCACGCCCGCCGCCCCGCAGCCUGCACACCACGCCUUGCCGCAUCUGUCUCCGCCCGACUUGAAACCUAUCACUUCACAAGGUAACAAGUUGUGCGACGAUAUGAAUGGCGCAGGGGGAUUGCCGCCAGUGAGCAGCAGUGGCGGCAAGUGGGCCGGCGGCUGCGGGUUGCUUCGUCAGCCCUCAGGGUUCCCGCUCCUUGGCGUCGCUCCCCCCAACUAUCUCCUCUCCGACCAUCUCGGUUCUCUCGCCAAAACGAACAACCAUCUUUUCUAAUGGGCGUAGUCCAGCCCUACCGCCGCGAUGGGUAGUGUUCGCUGGGAGUAACUAUCACGGCCAUGACCCGCGCCUGACACAUUCCAGACCGUGCAUUGAGUGAUAGCCCUAGUGAAAAUGUGUAAACAUUCACAAACAAUGUGACUGAGCUCAUAAACAGACAUUUGAAGUGCCAAAACGUGUCCAUUAUGUAUAGUUAUUAUGAACUUAUAGAUAAGUAGUUAAAGUUUAGAAAAUAAUUUAAUAUAAGUAUAAUCAAAAUGUUCAGUGUACAGGAGCUAAUUAGUACUCGGGUGUAAAAUUUGAAACAUGUUUUAUCGCGGUUUCCAAUGAUAGUAUUAACAAUGAAAUUAGAUGAAUUUAUUUAAUUUAAAGAUUUGUGUGAUAAUGUUUGUAAAUACAUUCUAAACCGUCGUAUACGUUUAUCAUGUAUACCUAUGAAUUACGCUAAUUAAUGUUAAAGAACAAACCAAAGAGAUUUUAUCCACUUUAGAAAUGUAAUUAUUUUUUGCAUUUACCUACAUAAGUCAUUUGUUAAGCUAGUCAAUACCUUCUAGUAAUUUUUUAUUUCAAUUAUUUUUAAUAUCUAUGAUAUAAAAUCUAACUAAAAUAAGGUACUUUAAAAAAUAUAGACUGUUGUCGAAGAAUGUUGUAAAUAUGUAUUUUAAUUUAUAUGUAAAUAAUAGCAUAGUAAUGUAUUUGAGUGUAUGUAACAAAACUGAUGGAAUUUGUCGAGGGUGUUUUAAUA